AUGCCGAAAGCCUCAAUUCAGUCAUUCAAGACGGCUGGAUGGUCCAACCGGCAGUUUUCUCGUCAUCCGAAGCGCUCCAAGACUUGCAUUGACAACUUUGUCAACAAUCCCAAUCCAAACAAGCAAUCGAAGAAGCGUGGAACAAAGCCGAAACUCAAUUCUCGCGCCAAACGAUCAGUCGCUCGUGUUGCUUCCAACUCUUUGAAGUCAUGUAACGACAUCAAUCAGGAGCUGAAUCUUGGAGUAAGCAGGUGGACGGUUUGGAGAGCCCUCAAGAAAGAUGCUAACAUUGUUCGGGAGGUCAUGCGUCCUGCUCCGUGCCUCACCGAUCGCCACAAGUUGCGUCGACUCGACUUCGCUCGUUCCAACAUGUCGACCGAUUGGGGAAAGAUACUGUUAACUGGUAAUUUUCACUUCAAAAGUUGA